AUGGCCAUGUGGGGCUCGGUUGAGAGCUACACGCCCAAAGAAGAUUUCAGUUUUGAGGGACCGGAAAAGCGUUUGGAGGUCAUCAUGCGGCUCAACGAUGAAACACAUGUGAGUGGUCUUCUCGCUCUGGACGACGAGGUUUGGGCAGGCGUCGUUGGUGCAUUGGAUGCUCAAAUAGUAUCCAAGGAGUCUAAUGCGUACAUUCGCUCUUAUGUGCUCACAGAGAGUUCCCUAUUUGUGAAGAAGGAUCGCAUCAUUCUGAUAACGUGUGGCCGAACCACGCUGCUUAACAGUAUCCCCAACAUCCUGGAGGCUGUGAGCACUGUGCGAGGGGAACCGGAGUGGGUCUCCUUCAUGCACAAGAAUUACAGCUUCCCGUGGGAGCAGAAGGGCCCGCAUCACACCAUGGAGGAGGAGUUCAACAGGUUAAAGGCGUACUUUCCGUCGGGUCACCCAUUUAUAAUUGGACCUGUUGACAGUGAUCAUUAUUUCUUAUUCCUGUACCACGAUAUCAUUCUUCCAUGCCAAAUGGAGAACGACACGCAGUUGAGCAUGACAAUGUACGGACUAGACCGCGAGCAGACGAAGCACUGGUUCUCGGACAAAUUUGUUUCCACCAGCCCUGAGACAGCCGCUGUCCGUGAGGUGACUAAGUUGGCUAAGUUAAUGGAUGAUUCGUGGGUGUUGCACGACUUAUUGUUUGAGCCCUGUGGGUACAGUAUUAAUGCCAUUCGAGGUGAGGAGUAUCAGACAAUUCACAUCACACCAGAGGAUCACUGUUCAUUUGCUUCGUAUGAGACGAACACGUGUGUCGCUGACUACUCGGAGCGCAUGAGUAGCGUGCUGGAGGUAUUUCGCCCAUCCCGCUUCACGGUGAUUGUUUUUAUUGACCCUGAUAGCGACGUUGGAAAACUGUACCACAAAGGGAAGAAUAUUGGUGUAGAGCCGGAGUACUAUUCCAAGUACGAUGUGCAACACCGCACGGUUAAUGAGUUUGCCCCUGGAUAUGUCGCAUUGAAGAUUAACUAUGUGAGACGGCCAGAUCCCGACGCCGCCAGUGCAGGUGGUAACACUAUACAGAAGUAA